AUGCUCCCACAAAAUCCUCUUGAAAAGCGCUACUCAUACUGGUUCACAGCUUCAGACUCCACCAAAACUGCUACUGAUUAUGGCGAUUCCAUCAAAAUAAUCGGCUCAUUCGGGACUGUUGAAGAAUUCUGGCAAUAUUAUUCCCACCUCAAAAAGCCUGACGACGUCCCACUAAACACUGAAUACCACGUCUUUCAAGAAGGAAUCAGGCCUAUGUGGGAAGAUGAAGCCAACAAGAAAGGAGCCAGGUGGAUCUUGAGAAUCAAAAAAGGCGCUGCGUCCUUGUUUUGGGAAGAAUUAUUGAUCACGAUGAUCGGGGAACAAUUUGACGUGGCUGACGAGAUCUGCGGAGUCGCUGUUUCUGUGAGGGGAAAUGAGGACAUUUUUUCAGUGUGGAUUAGGAGUGGCCAAGACUUGUCAGUCAAAAAUUCAGUAAAGGAGACGCUGAAGAGGAUUUGGAAACUUAAUGACAAUGUGUAUUUAGAGUAUAAGGAACACCCAACUGCGCAGAGGACUCAUCCAAGACAUAAGCACAAUUAUUAA